AAUAUUAUUCUUUAAGUUCAAAUGGCUUUAAAAAAACUACCUUUAGAUCUUCAAUCCAAGUUCCACGCUUCUACUCGGAUAAGAAGUUUUAAAAAAGCUGUGGAAGAAUUGGUAUAUAAUGCACUUGAUGCUAAAUCAUCAUCCAUUGCUAUAAGAGUUGAUAUUAAAGAAAAUUAUAUACAAGUGAUUGAUAAUGGACAUGGAAUGGCAAAAGAUGAUUUUAAGAUACUUGGAGAAAGAUAUACUACAAGUAAAUAUGAAAAGUCUAAUGCAUCUGAAUCUGUUCAAAUGUAUGGUCGAUAUGGGCAAUCACUGGCAAAUCUAAUAGAAAUCUCUCAAAGUAUUAAAAUAACUUCAAAACAUUUGAAUAAUGGAGAAACUUGGAUGAAACAUUUUUGUAAUGGUAAAGAAGAGGAAUGCUCUAUCGUGACAGAAAGACCUUCAGUGGGAACUACAGUAGAAAUAAAGGGAUUUCUUUACAAUCUUACUAUUCAGAAAAAAGCAGUGAAAGCAUUGCAAGAACUCCAAAACAUUAAAACUUAUUUAGAACAAAUAGCUGUAAUACAUUGUAAUACUUCUAUUAGCUUAAGAGAUAACUCUGUGAAUGAAAUUGUUGCACAAAUUCCCAAGAACAGAGAUAUUGUUAGGACUUUUGCAUCAGUUUUAAAUAUCUGUACAAACAAUCUGCAAGAAUUUCAAGUAGAGAAGAAUGAGUACAAAGUUACUGGGUUUAUGCAAAUGAAUAUUGAAGAAGCAAAAGGUUAUCAAUGGAUAUAUGUAAAUGGAAGGUAUAUUGACAACUCAAAUUUGCAUAGAAUAAUUAAUGAAAACCUAUCGAAAGGUGCUCAUAUACGAAGAAACAUUAAAAUUAAAAGUUACAACAAUGAAGAUGAAAAACUUUUUACCAAAAAUAAGCUUCCAGACUAUUUUAUAUUUAUCAAAUGUCCAAAAGACGAUUAUGACGUUAUAUCUAAUUAUAAACAAUCAAGUCUAGAAUUCAAAAAUGUGGUUCACAUAAAAAAACUGUUAGAUAAACUUGUAAAAUUUUACAUGGGUGAUAUUACUUUAGUGGAAGUAACAGCAUCUAAUAAAGAACCAAUGAAUACACUAGUAAAUAAUACUUUAGUGGAGGUGACAGCGACUAAUAAGCAACCAAUUAAUACACUAGAAAAUAAAAAGCCACAUGAAAUGGAUACAAGGAAUAAAAUCAAGAAAAUUAUGCAAAACAUAUUAGGCUCUCCACGAAAGAAAAUGAAUGGCUCUAAUUUACAUAAUGGUGUAAAAGGUAAAAUAAUGAAACGGAAAGUUAAGAAACAGCAUCAUCCUCGUACAAAAGGCAAAUUAAACUUUAAAGAUGCCAAGGACCAAGAAAAAAUAUGCGAAACAAAUGAUUUACGCAUACUUACCAAUAAACACUUCAUUAAUAAUGAAGCUGUUACACCCUGUUUAUUGACAAGGAGCAAACCCAUGACAAAUAAAAACAAAGGAAAUUCAAUCCACCAACAAAAAUAUCGUAAGAACGAAAAAGGCCCACAUGUAACAAAAAACAUCCCAAAGAAAUCAAAUAACAAUAUCAAUAGCGAAACAGGUGAGUGCUUUCUAGAACCAACGAGUAAGCCCUUGACAAAGAAAAAAAAUGCGAAUAUAAACUACAUAUCAAAACAAAUCAAAGAAGCCCAUUCGCACUCAACAAAAAUGAUUCCAGGAAGAGUAUAUAACCGUAGAGAUACAGUUUUAUCCAAAUUUGAAAAAGAAACUGAUAAAGUACAAAUUAGGUGUAAUCGUUUAGCAAAAAGGGUUGAUAACUUGCUCAAAGUUAAGAAAAGAAGACGAUGCAAAAUAUUUACCCUUGAAACAGUACAUUACAGCAAUAUUAUUAAAAAUAACAAAAGUAUCUCUGUGCGGAAAAAAAUAAAUGAAAUAAUAAUCCACGAAUAUGUGCCUUUAGCGCAACGAAAUAUGGCAAAAAAUAAUGAGAAUACAAUCGUUAAGGAUAUUAAGAGGUCUAAUGACCUUCUUCGCCCUAUUACGAAUAUAAUUAAUCAUAAGAAUGUUGAAGCUAAUUUAAACCGCGCUAAGAUAGUUCAGCCGCAGGAAAAUUAUUUUCUCGUUACUGAAACACACUCAGAUAUACCGGGCCCAACAUAUGAAAGCCAUGGCUACCUGAAAGAUACACAUAUACAACCACCGCAAUGUGACUUACUCGAAAAAAUGACAAAGAAACAAUUUAUUAGCAAAACAUCACGAGAUAAUCUGGCAUCGCCAAUUACUGACAAAAAAGUGGUUAAGAAACAAAAAGUAACAAAAGAGCUAAUACAUAACAAAAAAAUAACCAAUCUAGAACUCGCAGAUGAGGAACGAACGACGAAAACAUCAUAUUCUAUACACUUCACUGAAACUGAUUCACAAAUAUGUCAAGCACAUGAAUCAGCAUUGAACGCAUCACAUGUUACAGCAGUCAAUAAUAAUGAUAAAAUUAGCAUUGGGAGUACUUAUACUGUUGCACACGAAAACAUAACUGGGAGUCCUAGCUUUAAAAAACUUCUAUCUCAAACUUAUACCUAUGGGACAACUAAUCUUCAUGGUGCAAAUAUGCUUCGGACGCCAAAUGAAUAUCUAUAUAGUGAAAAAUCUCCCAUUAUUAUAAAUACACCGAAUAAUACUGCCGCUAAUGAUGAAAGAUUUGACCACAACGUUGUAUUCAUUUCUAAUUCCCAGUUAAUUAACACUGGAACACGUGUUAUUGAACCAAUUGAGCCAAUCAGAAUGUGUGAGGCUGUUAUAGGCACCUACGAUGAUACACAAAACCAUGAAGAAAUAAUAGAAAAUACUUUUAUGUUUCAUUCUCCCAAUGCUGUUGGAGGUAAUACUGAAAUUCAAACCGGAGAGAUGUUCGAAUCCGAAAAAGAAUUAAGACGCAAUUUCACUAUAAAUGAAGAUAGUAUUGAUGAAUGUUUAAAUAUUAUUUCGAACAAUAAAAUCACUCGUGAGCUUGAUGAUGUAAACUAUCAGCCCAAUAACUUUAAUUUGAAGAACAGACACCGAUACAUUCCCAAAGGAAUGUCGCCGAUAUUAGAGCUUUGCAACAUGAAAAAUGUAUGUAACUAUGAAUUAAAUGCAGAUUAUUUCAAAGCAACAGUUUAUAAUAAUUUUGCAAGAAAUGUUCAGAUACAUUCAGAAAUCUUUGAACCAAAAAUUCAAAACUUAAGAGAAGCUGCUACAAGAGAUAUACAAAGAGUAGAUAUCAAAUUGCAUAAAGACAAUGCUUGCCUUACAUUUAAUGCAGAAUCUUUACAAAACGCUAAGGUUCUGGGUCAAGUUGAUAGAAAGUUUAUUGCCACUAGUUUGAAUGGCAAGUCUAAUGAUGCACAUAGUUUUUUGGUCCUAUUCGACCAGCAUGCAGUGCAUGAAAGAAUAAGACUGGAGCAAAACAUGACAGAUUAUUUAUCCCAAGAUCAAUGGAAAAGCAUUUCAGUAGACGGCUUUUCGUUGAAACUGAGCAGGGACGAAAUACUAUUUUUGCACAAUUACCGGGACAAGUUCGAAAGGCUGGGCCUUCAAUGGUCCAUCGCUGGUGAUAAUCAAGUGCUGGUCAACGCGAUACCCGAGGCCAUACUUGGCAAGCACCCAAGGCAGGUCGAUGUUGUGUUAAAGGCAGUCCACAGCCUAAUCAAUGAAGAAAUCAGCAUAAUUAAGGAACAAGGCGGUUGUGUUUCCUUGUUUCCAAAAUCUAUGAUGGAUUUGGUUUUUAGUGAGGCUUGCAGAUACGCGAUAAUGUUUGGAACUGCGCUGUCUGUGCGUGAGUGCUCUACACUGAUCGAGGCGCUGUCGCACUGCCGGACUCCUUUCAUAUGCGCGCACGGGCGCCCUGCCUUAGCCGUCCUUAUUGAUGUCGCGCAGGAGUCACGUCCCUACACGGUAAAUUUCACAAAAGUUAAGCAGUUCCAAAAAAAUACAUUAAGUAAAUAAAAAAAUACAAUAAUG